AUUGUAUUCUCCUCCACUGGCCUUUGCCUGAAUGGAGGGAGUUUGAGCAGUGAAAAUAUCAUCAGUAUCACAGUCAUAAUCUACAGGCAACGGGAUUAGGAGGAUUGAGUAAAUAUUAUUAUGUCAGGGGCCGCAGCUACCGGCGGGGAGGAGAAGGUCUUCAAUGCCGAAGAUAGGAGGGUUCGAGUCCUGAAUCCUAGGAAGACUCCCGCCGGGGGUCACCCAGUUCACGCCUCCAUUUUCCAAGUACGUUCAAGGUGCGUAACUUGCUGCAAGAUAGGGAUCGCCACGUGCUUCAUGGUCGAACAGCUCAACAAAGGCCGCGAUCAUCCCUGCUACUAUUUCACGACUGCCGCACACGUUAUUUUUUGCAGCGAUUGUGGAGAGUAUCGUUGGGCUCAGAUUGUGUACGAAUGGGAUCCCAAGGAUUACAAACCCAGUAGCACGUUCCCGCCGGAUGGAACCGUUGUCGAGGAAAACAAUGACCGAGGAUGGCUGCGGGUGCCCGAAGACUACAUAAAGAACUGCGGCAAGGGAGAGUGGGAUCGCUAUCCGUAUGAUUAUGGUAUUAUUGCUCUGCGCAAGGACAACUUGGAACAGAGACUAAAGAAUGAGCUUGACAAGCUGAGCGGUGAAAAUGCAAUGGUGCACGUCCCAAUGGCCCAACAGCCGCGUAUGGAGUCUGUUGACCAGGCGUUCCUGUGCGGGUUUCCUGCAGAGGUCAAGAACGAGAAGGUACUAGGUCACAUGUACUGGGUGCCCGUUGAUAAAUCCAAGAAAGCUGAACCGCUACAGGAUGACAUCAGCUUUAAAAAGCGCAGAGUCCAGGAGAGAGAGACCUCUGCACUGUUCGCCAUGCCGCAACGUCAUAUGAAUGACGGCGACGGCGAUAGAACCAACAAAAUCAGCAGCAACCAGGAACUUGUGGUCAAGCGACUCUACCGUCACUACAUUGAUUCAAGCGCUGGACAGGCCGGCUCACCCGUGUACUGCUACAACGAUGAAGACAAGGAGUACGUCGUUUACGGCAUUCAUACCGGACGCUGGCUCUUUAGCGAUGCCAAGUCGAAUUUGUACUGCAAAGUAGCAGUGCGGAUCCAGGAGGUCUACAAAGACAUGAGUAAGUGGAUCGAACUGAAGGAGGCCGACGAGCAAACUGCCCCGCCAGCUCAGAAACAUUCCACAGAAGGAUCCGUUGAGAAGAAACAAACUAGCUAUCUGUUUGGCACUGGAACACCAACUUCAGAUGAGCCUAUGGAUGAGCAGACAAGUCCCACGAUUGACAAAGACUCGGCAGAGAGCGUUCCUUCCGCCAGCCAGUCACACUCUGAUCAAGCCAGUCAGUCCACUGCUGCUCGCCAAGAUGAUGCUGGCCAUGAGCAUCGCGCUGCUGAUGGAAGUUGUGGUACUUUCCUAUCCACUUCACCACUACUGAAAGUUUUGUCAGAAAUUACUGACUUUCAAAGGUUCAGCCGAAGCAUGGAAGGGUGCAUCAGCCGCCUUAAACGUGAGGACUUUGCCCAAGCCGUUGCAAUACUGAUUAACCCAGAAUACAGCAACGAUUUCAAAGACGACAUGCAAGACUUUAUCAUGAGAAACGACCUUGGCACCACUAACAUACCGGAUAAUAUGCAAGGUGUUAUCAGGUGGGCCGUGGACCAAGCUGCAACGCGUGAAAUCACCCUGGCCGAGUUGAAGAAGAUUGCACUAGACCUGAAUCCCGAAAGGAAGAAAAGGAUUGAGAAAACAUUCCAACCAACUUCAGAUGAGCCUAUGGAUGAGCAGACAAGUCCCACGAUUGACAAAGACGAGGAUGAGAAGUCGUACGGCGAUCCAUUCCAACAGCGUGAGUUUAUAACCGAUAUUUUGCCUUGGUUGGGCAAAUUACCAGCUGGAGCAUUUCGUAAAAGAGCGCAAGAGGUCGGGUUCUUCACUGAUCUGCAGCAGAUAGAAGACUUGAAGAGGAUUGAGAGACUAGAUGGACAACGCAUUCACAACGCAGAGUUGAUCAACAUUCUAAGCAGCGAGGAAAUGGCCGGCUACAUCAAGCUAGUGGUGCUCAUCGCAAGCUGGGGUAACUAUCCCGACAAGGUCGACAAGAUGAACCAGCUUCUGCCACGACGGGCUCGUGUGUCAAUGGAGGCCAAACAUCAGCAGCAAGCAGGAGGCCAAACAGCAGCAGCAAGCAGACCAACUUCAGAUGAGCCUAUGGAUGAGCAGACAAGUCCCACGAUUGACAAAGCUGAACUGGAUGACAUCAUUUCAACAUGCAAUGUUGAACUCCGUCGACUGAGAAUCUUCUUCUGCGGCAAGUACGGUACUGGAAAGUCCACUCUGAUUGGAGUUAUUCUUGGCGACGAGUACGAACAGAAUAAAGACAGCACAGAAGGCGUAAACGUCAGGCGAACCCUUGCUACUCUGCCAGCCAACGACAGUCAGGAAGAUGUCGCACUGCUACCCAAGUUCAGUUGCAUCAAAAAAAAUGAAUUGUCUGCACAGCUCAUGACUGCAGCUAUUCGGCAUCAGCAGCAGCAGCGGCAGCAGCAACUUGUUGGUGGCAUUAAACCAGGGGACGAAGCAGCCUUUGGUGGAUCGUCAGCUGCGGGUUUAGAAGCAGCCGCGGCUGAAGCCAGCACCACACAGGAAGACAUCAGUAUCUCAGCUUUCAAGAGCAGCAAUGACAGCAGUCAUACUCCUGAUGGUGACUCUCACAUGGACAUGUCCCACAAUCAGGAAGAUAGAACUAACGAGUUGCCAUGGCCACUAGGCUUAUUUCAUGGCAUUGAUGACGAUCUCAAGGAAGGACUGCAACAAAUACGGACCGAAGAGGAUCAAACCGAACGAACCAGUGUGGAGUUUUGGGACUGUGGUGGUCAGCUAGCAAUGGCAACGCAACAGAGCAUCUGCCUUGCUUCAGAGCGUGCAAUGUUCGUGAUCACGUUCGAUGCCAGCAAAGACCUGCGCGACAAAGUGGACACUGAAGUUUUCCGCUAUGACAAAGGAAAGACUGUCUCCAUCGAGCCAUUGUUUCCCGGAAUGACUCAUGAAGAUUUCCUGCUGAUGUGGCUAUCCACUGUGUCUUUGCGCAUGCAGCAGAGUCCAGCCAGCACCAACCCAAACCCGGAGGCAGCAAAAACCACAAGCGUGCACACCGCACAGCAGUCAAGAACUGGCACGGAUCUACGGAAGACAAAGCCAAAGGUGUUCCUCGUUGCAACCCACAUAGAUUUGGUCGACGAUGUCGAGGAGAAAAAGAAGGAAAUAAUUGCUGUUGUCAAGGGCAUUUCAAAGCGUUUGAAUUCCGCUCACCUUCAACUGGUUGGACCAUACUUUGUAAGCAACAAACAACCCGGACAUCCCGCGUCGGAGAUGAGCACAUUCCUCGAGGACUUGACUGAAGACAUCCGCCUGCUUGAGCCUGACAUGAUUCCCCUCAACCAGAUGAAGCUGGAGAAAGCAAUUACCAUGCUUCAAGUAGCAGCUACACCAAAGCAGCAGCAAACACCAAGGCCAAACCAAACGCCGCCGGAUCUACGCAUGCAUGCAACCUUUGCAGAGCUCAAGGAGCUGGCAAAGUUCAUGUCAAAUGGGUCUAUGUCAGACAAGGAAUUCCGUGCUGCUUUGUCUUACUAUCACCACAUUGGCGUUGUGAUUUGCAGCGACUGGCAAGAUCCUACUGCUAAAAGUCUUGUCUUUCUCAACGUGGACUGGUUGCUACAGCUAUUCGUGCAACUGGUUGUCCUCUCCUAUGAUCGGGACAACAGCGACCGUCGUCUCCUGGAUCGUGUAGAAGAAAUCGAGGCUCUGCAGGAAGAGGGACGGCUGUCAACUUCACUUCUGGCAGCAGUCUGGAAACUGGAUCAAUGCGUUCAACAGUCACUCAUGGAAAUCAUGUGUCAUUUUGGCCUAGCUUCUGAGAUAUUGGCCACCGAGCCAACCGAGUAUCUUCUUCCAUUUUGCAUCAGUGAGAGAGGUAGAGCGAAGACUCUUCCAGCCAAUUUGCGGUACAGUCCACCUCUUCUGGUGAUGAAGUUUUCAUGUGCUUUCUUCCCACCGGCCGUCUUCAGUCGCAUGGUAAUCUACUGUGUUUCAAACAAGCCGCAUGAGGGCAUCCGCGAUCCUGUUGUUGAAUACGCAGCUAUCACGUUCAAGUUUGGCCGUCAGCACCAUGUCCGUAUAUCCUGGUUUCCUAUUGGACUGCUGGUGGAAGUGAAGUCAUCGUCCAAAUCAAAGGAGGAGGUGAUUGCCGCCACCCAUCAGCUGCUCCGCGUGAUCAAGCAUUCCCUGGGCAACCUGAACGACCAGGGCUUUGUGGGUCUUGAGUGGACGCACUGCUUCCAAUGCCAGCGCUGCAUAUCCAAUGUCGUCGAUGGAGAUGAUGAUGCCGGAGAAUCUGGGCACAGUAGUCGACCAUCAACGCCUGAGCGAACCACAACCUCAUCUCGUCAGUUACGCAGAGACAUCGGCUUGAUCGAGUUGUCUGGAGACGACCUGCUGGACUAUGCUGAAAUGGAAGACGACGACACUGAGGAGUUGCAUGAAUGCAAACGCUGUAAAGAGCAUACGUCAUUGCCUUGUGACUACGUUCAUUACUGGAUCAGAAGCCACAGCAGCAGUACCAGCGAUGCCGCUGGCAAUAGCAGCACCACCACCAGAAGCAACAGCAGCAGAAACCACAGCAGCAACAAGCGCAACAGACAACAUGCUGGUAGCGACAGCCGCGCUGCCGAGAGUGUGAGCACUGACGCGGUCGCCUGUGAUUCAUUGGAAUUGAGCCAUGGUCGUGGUGGUGAAGCUAGGCCAGGAGGAUCAGAUGGUGAAUAUUGGUUCAAGUCGCCUAAGUAUGUCAGCGAUAUCCGUCCCUGGCUGUGCGACCUCCCUGCAGCAAACUUGAGAAGGACUCUUGAGAAGCAUGGACUGUUGACACUGUCUCAGGUGCACACGCUGAUGGAGACUGAGCGGUUACAUGGGAAGGAAAGGCAUAACUGUGAGAUGUUGCUGGAGUCCGUGGAGUCAGCAGGAGAAGAUGGCUUUGUCGAACUCUACAACGCAAUCGAGAAGAGCACAUCCUUGACCCAAUUGUUCAUACGGAUUGGCUUGAAGCGAAUGCGUGAAGCGAUGCCUGAUGAGUAAUGCCGGUAGGAUCGAGGUCUAUGCAAGCCAUCAGCACAGCAGCAUCAUCACACUGCGGUAUUUACUGGCUGUUACCAGUUCCAUGUCUACAUGUGGUUGUGCGUGGGUGUAUCUGUGUGCAAGUGGGUUUCAUUACCUGUUUGCUAGUGUGUGUGUGUGUGUGUGUGUGUGUGUGUGUGUGUGUGUGUGUGUGUGUGUGUGUGUGUGUGUGUGUGUGUGUGUGUAUGUGUGUGUGUCUGUGUGUGUAUGUGUGUGUGUGUGUACGUGUGUGUGUGUGUGCGCGUGUGUGCGCGUGUGUACGUGAAUAGGUGUAUGCACCUAUGCACAUGUGCGGAUCCAGCAAUUUCAGUAUGUUUGGUCUGUGAUUUCAUUUAGAAUAAUUGAUCUAUUUCCAUUACACAUGUAUUUGCAUCCUUGAGUCCUUGGUGCUACAUUCCCACCUCUACCCCCCCCCCCCCCCCCCCCCGUGAUGCAUGGUGUUUGCAGGGCUUUUCUCAGGCUCCUGAGUGUUGACCUCCGAAUCAAACCAAGUCAUUAGUGCCUCAUUACCCGCAUGGCAAGUGUGAAUAAGGCCACCCUUUCUUUUUUCGUUGUUUAACGUCCGCGCCCGCGUACCUUUUUGCCUCAGACUGGAAAAAAAAACAAGAAGGUAGUAGUACCAAUAAUAUGCGAAGUUGUAAAUACAUGAUUGUGUAGUUUCACAGUGUGCCGAUCAUGACCUUAAACUUAUAAUCUUGCCUCCCGGCCGGCAUGCCUUUGUCUUGUGUUCUUUUUCUUUUUUUGUUGGCUUUUAAAUAUCGUACGGUGUGUGUCCUAGUAAAAAUCCAGAUGUAAUGAAUUCAUGACAUGCUAACUCCAUGCUAUGUACCUGUUUUGUUGGAUUCAUCAGGCAUGUAUGUACAUGUAUGUAUGUAUAUUUUUAUUUGAAUUCGCAAGUACACACGGGCUACAAGCCCAAUUACAUGGAAGCGAAUGUGCUCCAAUGUACCAUCAAAGAGUGUUGUUCUAUGCCUGCAAGUGCCGUUAGACCCAGAAAUAUUGUAUAUAUCACAUACUUUACUGGUCAAAAUGUUUGAUUGGGGUUUCCAGUUUUUGGAAUGGGCUUUUGUUUUUUUUCCGCCCUCCCGCGUACCUUUUCGCGAAAAAAAGGACGUUAAACAAUGAAUUAACAAAGGGUGGCCUAAUCUUGAGUAGAUACGGCCAUCCUUUGCUUUUUUAAGUUUGUUUCCCUUUGGUUUCGUUACGCUAAGACUGUAACAAAUUUGGAUGACCAAUCUGCAGCAUAAACUAAAUCAUUUUGUUACAGAAAGCGCCAAAACCUCCAUGAUUAGAAGCAGACGGUUUUGGUUCCGACUGCUAGUACAUGAUUACUUUUUUUACUUUUUGUUUUACAUUGCCGGUCACGGCUGCCGUGCAAGAGGGUAGUGCAUCCAGUUCGUGAUGUUGCCUCUGUCGCCACCGCUGCCACUACUACUGCUGCUGCAUUCGCUCUAUCUGAAGGUCAUUUUCUGAAAUUCUGUUGCCGGUGUAAUAGGUGUAUUUAUAGGAAUGUACAUACUCACUAUUCGUAUUUCCCGCUCGUUCCCCUUGGCAAUGAGAGACAAGAAGAGCGCAUGCUCCAGUGAAUCUCUAGUCUUGAGUUGUUCUUGUCCUGUUCUCCUUCUCACUCUUGUCUACUCUCUUGUCGAAAUACUUAUUCCAUAUUCAA